AUGCCACCACCAUACCGUCAACCCUCCCAAGUAGGCGCCACAGCAGCAACGAAACGACCAUUCAAACCUCCUGUCAUCUCAAGAGGCGAAGCAAUCUCUUCCUCCAGCGCCAACGCCCCUCCCAAAUCCGCUGCUGGAGCGUCAAAAACAGUAGCGACCUCAUCCAAAGCCGCCUUCACCACAGGCAACAGACAACCAUGGGCCAGCAACACAGCCUCGGGCUUCCAGUCCGCUGGAGCUCAAAUCGACAGAUCAGACCUCGAAGCCAUGCUCAUCUCGGAUGAAGACGACGACGACGAUGACUUUUCCGCUGCUCCCACUCGACGCCCUGCUCCACCCACCACCGUAGAACCAACUGCAAAACGCCAAAAGACACUACCACCAGUACCCACAAGAUUACCCUCGCUAUCACCGUUAUCCUCAGCCAUACAGCCAGAUCUCGCACCGCUAAAACCACAACACUCCGCUGUCGCCGGCAUUGGAGGACCGAAAGACGAUAUACCGUUACUGCCUUCAGCAUUGAUAACACGGUUACUGCAUGAGAGCUUCGAUGACAAAAGUAUCAAGAUAGGGAAGGAUGCUAAUGCCUUGACGGCGAGGUAUUUGGAUUUGUUUGUGAGAGAAGCUGUGGCCAGAGCUACUGAAGUGGCCAAGGAGAGGAAAGAGAUGAAAGAGGCUGGUGGACAAGGAGAUCAAGAGGUAUGGCUCGAUGUUCAGGAUCUCGAGGAGGUGGCUCCCGGAUUGGUACUGGAUUUCUGA